AUGAUAAUGCCAUCAAAGACCAUCUUUCUCUUUAUCCUUGUUUGCUUCAUCAAUUUCAUAACCAUUCAACCAAACAACAACAACAAUUUUCGUUGGUCUUCUUGCUCAAACAUCCACGAAACCACUCCAAACAGUGUCUUUCAAAUAAAUCUCAAGACCCUUUUCUCAUAUUUAUCAUCCAACGCUACUGCCAACAAAGAAUUCCACAACGCCACAGUAACAGACAUAAACAACUCCUCCAACACAGUCUAUGGCUGGUUUAUGUGCAAGGGUGAUGUCCCUGCUCAUCUCUGUAGUCAGUGUGUCACAAAUGUUACCAGCUACUAUGAUUGGGAAAGUGGUUGCUCCCUGUCCAAAGAUAUGGUGAUUUGGUACGACAUGUGCAUGGUGCGAUAUUCCGACAAAUAUUCCUUCUCCACUGAUGACUUACAUAGUUUAUCUUCUGGCUCCUACUCCUCUGUCAAUGUGGCUAACCUGACAACAUCUAAGCGUUUAGUUUCUGAAACUUUGAAUGAAGUUGCAGAUAAAGCAGCCAAUUUUUCAAUUGGCGUAAAGAAGUAUGCUACAAAGGAAGCAAUUGUAUCUGGAUUACCGAGUCAUUAUUUUCAGGCUCAGUGCACACCUGAUCUGUCGCCACAAGAUUGCAGGAAAUGUUUGAAUGCUACCAUAACAGAGGUACUUUGGACUUGUAACAGUGAAAGUAACAAUUUUAUGGUAGGGGAGUCUACAAAUUCUAGAUGUUACAUCAGAUAUGAUGUGUACCCUUUCUAUCGUUCUAUUAAUCCUCCCACACUAUUAGAAUUUGUUGCACCUUCUAAUACAACGAAUUUAAGAUUAUCUUAG